CCUGAUGAUGUCAGGAGGAUGUGAACAUGUGAUCAGCUGACCUUCUCUGUUAAACGCUGGAUGAUCCAGCAGCACCAGCUGCACGGAGGGAAGAAGUUACCUCAUCAUGGACCAUAAACUGGAUUUGUCUCGUCUGACCGACGAAGAAGCGAAACAUGUCUGGGAGGUGAUUCAACGUGACUUUAACCUGCGGAAGAACGAGGAAGCUCGACUAGGCAAAUUGAAGGACUCCAUCCAGAAGGAAGACACCAAGCGUGAGCUGCUGGGCUCAUCGAACAACUUGGCCGACUCGUUGUGUAUCCGCUGCCUGCAGCCCUUCAAGUUCCUGGUGAACAGCAAGCGGCAGUGCCUGGACUGCCGCAUGUUUAUCUGCAAGUCAUGCAGCCGCUACAACAAGAAGGAGCACGGCUGGGUGUGUGACAACUGCCGCAUGACCAGGGUCCUGAAGAUCGGCACCCUGGGGUGGUACCACGACAACAUCCGCAACCGUUUUAAGCGCUUCGGCAGUGCCAAAGUGAUGAGGUCACUAUACAAGAGGUUGAAUGGAGACGGUGGCCGAGAUGAUGACACUCAGAGCAUGCCCGAUGUCCGCAACAACCACUACAACACUAACGAUGAGGAUCAAGGAGAAAUUGAGGCACAGCGAUACAAAUCGAUGCGUAAAAAUAAACGCCUGCUGUCAGUUCAUCCAUUUGACUUUGACUCAGAGGACAAUUUCACCUAUUCAAGGCGCCCAUCAGUGCAGCAAAUUCAGGAGGAUCGAGCAUACAAGAAUGAUGGAGAAUACGAAUCCCUGCAGCGAAUGAAUCGCAGGAGAAGUCUGGAUCGUUACGCGAUGAGAACUGAUGAUUAUGGUGAGAAUCGUAUGGUUCGGACUCGAUCUUUGUCCAAGAUCAGCUCGAUGGCUCGUCAGCAGUACAUCGACACAUCUGAUGAGGAAGAGUGUCAGAAGUUUCCUCCAAUGUAUCAGCCACCCCACCACCGCCGCCGCAACAGCCGGGCCUCAUCUCAGGAGAACCUGGGCCAAACCCCUCCAAUAAACGAGUUGAACAAACGCAUGUCUGCCAUCGAGGGUCUGCUGAAUCGUUUGGAGGAGAAGAUGUCACCUGCCGAUAAGGCGUCUGGGUCAUCAGGACAGAAUGAGGAAGAGAAGUUGAUGAAGAAGUUGACCGAGCUCGCAGGGAACCUAGGCAACAAACGCUUGUCAUCAGAUGACGAGGCGGACAAGAAGACCUUUUCGGGAGGAAAACGUAUCGGUGGCAGCAGGGCAGUGGCCACCCUGGACUCUAUGAAGGAUCUGAGCUCAUCCAGCGAUGACGUCCCAAGUGAAGCACAGAAGAGAUCGACCGCCGCCGCCCUCUGUGACCUCACCACUGAGGCCCUGAGAACCAUUAAUGCUACAGAAAAUGCGAUGAUUGAGUUCGGCCUGUCAGAGCCGGUCGUCAGAACCCACAUGUUAGGGACUGAUGCUAAACAAGCCGAUGAGGCGUUCAGGCAACUUGAGGAAAAUGUGUACAUCGCCGCCGGGCAGUCGUACGAACUGGAAACGAAGCUGCGGCGACUCGAGCAAAGUGCCAAAAAUCGCUUCGGAGGGACAACAGAUUCCGAGCUUUCCGAGCUGGAAGACGUGGUGGCGCUGACUGCUGCCAGGAUGCAAAGUGCUGAAAGCGAAGUAUCUGAUAUCGAAAGUAAGAUUGCAGCUCUGAGAGCCGCAGGAUCCAAGAAGAAGGUUUCUGGAUCACAGAGGAAAAAGUCUAGUCAAGAGCAAAUUGCCAAAUCUGAAAGAAAUGGAGCUGCAAGGAAAUCCAACAUCUCUUGAACCAGGAAGUUUCUUCUGCUCAGUUAGAGCUCAAAGGUUUUAAAGCCUUUUUUUCCCUCUCCUUGGUCUUUUCAAGGAACUCAUUGAAAUGAAAUGAUAAAAAUAUAAAUGUUUAGCAUAUCCAGUAUUUGCAACAUUUAGAACCUUUAAAUUGUUCACAUUAUAAUAUGUUCCAGAAUCAAUGCUAUAAGAUGAUUUAAAAAUGUAAACACUUGCAGAGAUUUAUUGAAAUGGGACUAUUACUGUUGUUGAUAUGGCUGUUGUUGUGCCCAUUGUUCUCUCACCCAUCGUCGAAACCUUUAAUCCUAUUUUGUCUCGAUAUGCACCGUCUGUCCUUCCACUCAUUUCAAUCUCUGUUGUAAAUUAGGGCUAUAAAAAUAAAAUUGACUUAA